GAUUCUUUGGCGACCGCCAUCGCCGUCGCCGGCACUUCAUACCCCCUUCCUUCACCACAAUGUCGAAAGGCGACGAAACCACCGUGCUCAUCAACAAGACCAACAAGCCAGACGUCCACGAACACUCCGAGCCCUACUUGACGCGGUUGCUGUCGGUCGGGGUGGAGCUGUUGCCUGUGGCGCUCGUGUCCUUUGGCGGCCCCCAAGCCCACCUCGGCCUGGCCCAUGAGCGCUUUGUCGAGCGUUUGCAUUGGCUCGACGACGACCGGUACCUGGAAGUGCUGGCAUUGGGGUCUGCGUUGCCUGGGCCGACGUCCACCCAAGUCAUCUCGUCGAUUGGCUUAUUCCGUGCGGGCCUUCUCGGAGGAGUGUUAGCAUUCGUUGUGUGGGCGUUGCCUGCGUUCACCGUCAUGACUGUAGCGGGUCUUGGAGCCCAGCAUUACCUUGGCGCUGGGUUGCCGGCGUGGAUGACGGGUUUGGCGCCGGCUGCCACCUCCCUUGUGAUCAUUGCCGCGGUGAAACUGUGGAACAAAGCAUGUGGAAAUGACCAAGUGAAGAUGGCGAUCGCGGCAGUGUCGGCAUGUGUGGUGCUGGCCACUCAAAACGUCGGCACAUGGAUCUUCCCAGCGCUCAUGGUGGCAGGCGGUGUGACGACGUUGCUUGCGCCAGCGUUUGGCUACACCAAGAGCUUUAUCAAGGCGACUCGGGAUGGAAUCGUGAACCCCCUUGCCCAACGUGAGUUUGGCAUUCCAGCAUGGGCGGGCGUCGGAAUCAUAUUCGUGUGGGCCGUGGCGUUUGCUGUGUUGUCGUACUUUGCCUCGAUCAACGAAUUGGGGCGCGGCUACGUGGGGUUGUUCUACGCGUUCUUUCGCAUCGGGUCGAUCAUUUUCGGCGGAGGUCAAGUGAUGCUGCCCAUGCUUCUCAACGACAUUGUCCAGGCUGGAUGGGUGACCAAGGACCAGUUUUUCAUCGGAUUUGCGCUAAUCCAAUCCCUUCCGGGCCCCCUCUUCAACAUGUCGGCGUACUUGGGCGCGGUGGCGCUGGGGGUUCCUGGGGCGUUGCUGGCUGCGCUGGGCCUCUUUGGGCCGGGCGUGGGCCUCUUCUUUGCAGUGCUCCCACUCUGGGAACUCGUUCGCUCCAACCAUAAGCUGCAGGUGUUCAUGGCGGGUGUCAACUCUGCCGCCAUCGGACUCGUCGUCGCUGCCAUCGGACUCUUGUGGCAGCAUGCCAUCCAUAGCCAUGGCGACGCGGCGAUUUGUUUGGCUACGGGAGUGUUGGUCGGCCUGUUCAAUGUGCCUGCGCCGGUGGGGAUUCUGAUUGGCGGAGCCUUGGGCUACAGCUUGGCUGCACUGGGCAUUGCCCAAACCAAUUAUUGCGUUGCAGCAGCCUAGCGGGUAACGUUAAGGUCAAUUUCGAUUUUUCGGUGGUCGAGUUAGUUUGGUUGUACAAACUAUUAAUAGUACUAGUACUACUAGUAUAACUUACUAUUAAUAGUACCAAGGUAGUGCGCU